AUGGGCGCGCCGCUGCUCCGCCGCCGCCUCCUGCUGUCUCUCGCGCUCCUCGCUGUCUGCUGCGCGGGGGCGGCGGCGAAGGCGCCCAGGCUGUCGCCCAACUACUACCGCCACAGCUGCCCGCGCGUGGAGCGGAUCGUGUCGGACGUCAUCGCGGCCAAGCAGCGCGCCAACCCGUCCACGGCGGCGGGCACGCUGCGGCUCUUCUUCCACGACUGCUUCGUCAACGGCUGCGACGCCUCCGUCCUCGUCUCCCCGCUCUCCUCCGCCGCCCCGGAGCGCGCGGCGGAGAUCAACCUCUCCCUGCCCGGGGAUGCCUUCGACGCCGUGGGCCGCGCCAAGGCGGCGCUGGAGUCCGCCUGCCCCGGCGUGGUCUCCUGCGCCGACGUCCUGGCGCUGGCGGCGCGGGACCUCGUGGCUAUCCUGGGCGGGCCCCGGUUCCCCGUCGCGCUGGGCCGCCGCGACUCCGCCCGCUCCGACGCGCGCGACGUCGAGGGCAACCUGCCCCGCACCAACAUGUCGGCGCGCGCCAUGGUGCGGCUCUUCGCGGGCAAGGGACUCACGCCCCGGGAGAUGGUGGCGCUGGCGGGGGCCCACACCGUGGGAUUCUCCCACUGCGCCGAGUUCGCGCACCGCAUCUACGGCUACCGGGGCGCCGCCGGCCACGACCCGCGGCUCAACCCGGAGUUCGCGCGCGCGCUGCAGCGCUCCUGCGCGGGGUACCGGACCGACCCCACCGUCUCCAUCUUCAACGACAUCGUCACGCCCCGGGACUUCGACGAGGCCUACUACAAGAACCUGCCCCACGGGCUGGGCCUGCUCGCCUCCGACGCCGCCAUCUGGGAGUACCCGCCCACCCGGGUGUUCGCGCAGCGGUACGCCGCCAACCGCACCGCCUUCUUCGAGGACUUCGCCGCCGCCAUGCAGAGGCUCGGCGCCGUCGGCGUCAAGACCGGCCGCCAGGGCGUCGUCAGGCGCCGCUGCGACGCGCUCGACUGA